ACUAGCCGAGAAUCGCAUUGACAAGAAGAGUCAUUCGGUAAAGUCAGUUCGAGCUAAAAUGAAGAAUUUUAUUCAUUUCACUGAUCAGCUUUUGACGCUGGAGGAGGACUUCAUCGAGCAGAAGCAUCCCUUGAAAAAACAUAUUUGUUGCGGCCCAAAGAAACAUCAGGAACCAGAAAAAUGCGAAGGAAGAAAUCCUUUGUUAAACUCUAUGAAUUUUAACAACUUGUAUGGAUCACCUUCUAGUAAUGAUGAUAUUACCGAUUUUGAAGACUUUCCCGACCUAAAUCAACCGCUGCCAAAUAUAUCCAUAAGAGAGCAAUAUCGUUUGACCUCGAUGAAUCGCGGAAAAAAUCUUAGCUUGCAUCGCAAUCAUCAGAAGCGUCUCGAUGAAAUUUGGCUAGCCCAAGAGCGAUUAAUGCCUUUGCGCAAUGAAACUUCUUAUGAGGGCUCGAUUGAUGUCAAAGGAGUUGGGUACUUUUUUUGAUUUCAACUUAUAAGGGAUACUACUUUUUUAUGUAUUUAAACUAAAUAGAAAAAUACAAUUGACAACUUAGUUUUGCUACUAUGCAAACUGAAUCUCGGUUUUGCAAAAG